AUGGCUACCCCCAGUGUCCUCACUUUUGAUGCUGAGGGCCGUGCCGUUGACUUUGAGGUCUGGGUCGAUGACCUCCAGCUGUUUCUCCAGUGCGAUAGGGAGGACGGCCUCUCCCUGUUUGACCUCACUUCUGGUGCCUCUCCUGCCCCUGCUGCUGAUGCUGAUGCCACUGUUCGCUCACAGUGGGCCAUGCACGAUGCUGCUGCUCGCCUUGCUGUGCGCCGCCACUUACCAACCACUGAGCGUGGACACUUUAGCCAGUACAAGAGUGCUAAGACCUUGUACGACGCUGUAGUUGCACGCUACUCUUCCCCUGCCACUGUUGCACUGAGCCGCCUCAUGCUACCGUACCUCUUCCCCGACCUUGCUGCCUUUCCCACAGUCGCUGACCUCAUUACGCACCUCCGCACUAGUGACACUCGCUACCGCGCUGCGCUUCCUGCUGAGGGUGUUCUCCCUCCCCCCUCUUGCCCUCUGUUGCCUCUGCUGCUGCGGCCGACCUCGUUGGUUUCGAGUCGGUCGGCGCUGCGUGUGCCCCGAGCGAGAGACGCCGCACCAGCAAGGGCAAGGGGGGCAAGGGCGCUGGAGGGGCUGGAGGGGUCGGUGGAGGUGGUGGUGGAGGCAGUGGAGGGAGUGGGGGUGGUGGUGGGAGUGGUGCCGGGGGUGGCGGCGGCGGCAGCACUGGAGGCGGCGGAGGCGGUGGAGGUGGCGGAGGGAGCGGAGGCGACGGAGGUAGUGGAGGAGGCGGAGGUAGAGGAGGCGGCGGAGGCAGUGGCCGCGGCGGUGGCGGAGGCAGCGGUGGUGGAGCGGGUCGCGACUGUGCGCAGAGGAGUGGCGCCGGUGGUGCGCGGUGGGGGUUUUGGUCCCUGCGCUUACGUCCUUCGUACCGGCGACCGAGCUGGUGAGCAGUGCGUAGGCCCGCACUCCACCCAGCGCUGCUUUGGUCGCCUGAGGGAUGUGUGGCGUCGCCAGUUCCCUGAGGCGUCAGAGAUCCCUCGCUGGGGAGAUCAGACUAAGGCCGGGGUUGCUAUCUUUGAUCUUGACUUUGAUGCUAUUCUUGCUACUAUGUAUGCUGUUGAUACUAGUGUUGAGGGUGCCUGUUACCUGUGUGUACCGCCUGACCCGGGCAUUGAGGACGCUUCUCUAGGUGCUGGUGAGGCUGCUGCUCUAGGUGCUAGUGCGUCUGCUGCCCCAAGUGCUGGUGAGUCUGCUCUCUUAGGUACUGCGUUGGCUCAAGCCUUCCACACCUUCACCCUGGACUCGGGUGCAUCCCGCUCCUUCUUUCGAGACCGCACCACUCUUACGCUGCUCAGUCGGCUAGUUGCAGUCUCCCUUGCAGACCCCUCUGGGGGUCCUGUCCUUGCUAGCUUCUCCACUGUCCUACGGUGCCCGGCAGCCCCCUCUGGCACCCUGUCUGGUCUCUACCUCCCCUCAUUUUCUACAAACUUGGUGAGUGGAGCGGACCUACAGAAUAGGGGGGUUGACGAGUUCAAUCCUGCGAGUCUGCGAGUGACCCACUGCAAGUGUGCUCGGACAGGCCGACACUUGGCCACGUUCACCCGUCGGCCAGGGUCGAGCCUGUACACCCUUACUUCUGAGUCUCCUCCUACUGCUAAGUCUGCCCAGGUAGCUGCGUCGAGUCAGGUGUUUGCUGCGGCGUCCAGGUCUGGUCCUGAGUCUGCUCCCUGCUCGUAUCGUCUGCUGUCCCACCAGACUCUCCUUUGGCACGACUGCCUUGGUCACCCCUCCUUGCCUCGUCUCCGAGGCAUGGCCUCCCGUGUCCUUGGACGUGAGCGGUACUUUCUGCUGGUGGUUGAUGACUACUCGCGUUACACCACAGUCUUCCCCUUGCGCAGCAAGGGUGACGUCACUGAGGUGCUGAUCGAUUGGAUCCGCGCAGCUCGUCUCCAGCUCAGAGAGAGUUUCGGCUCGGACUUUCUUGUUCUGCGUCUGCACUCGGACAGAGGCGGGAAGUUUUCCUCUGCCCGUCUAGGAGCCUUCUGUCGUGCACAGGGCAUCCGCCAGACCUUCACGCUUCCGGCCUCUCCACAGAAAAAUGGGAUUGCUGAGCGCCGCAUUGGCAUGGUCAUGGACGUCGCUCGUACGUCCAUGAUGCAUGCAGCUGCCCCCCUUUUUUUGUGGUCGUUUGCGGUUCAAUACGCCGCGCAUCAGCUCAACCUUCAGUCCCGCGUCUCCUUGCAAGAGACCUCCCCCACCCUGCGGUGGACAGGGAAGGUUGGCAAUGCGUCUGUGUUUCGGGUCUGGGGAUGUCGGGCGUUUGUCCGCGAAUUGUCUGAGGAGAAGCUGUCCCCCCGUGCAGUUCCCUGCGUCUUCCUUGGCUCCCCCCCUGUCGCGCCUGUGUGGCAGUUUUACCACCCCACCUUGCGCCGUGUUCUGUCCUCCCAGGACGUCACCUUUCACGAGUCGGUGCCUUACUACCGUGUCUUCCCCUACCGCACUGCGCCCCUCCCCCCGCCGCCGCUCUUCCUUGCUCCAGGUCCUCCCCAGGUAGACCCCCUCACCCCUCAGGGUCCUGCCCCGUCAGGGGUGCUGACACUGGGGGUGCUGAGCCUAGGGGCUCUGAGCCUGGGGGAGCUGAGCCUGGGGGUGUGGAGCCUGGGGGUGUUCGGUCUGCUCGUGUGGCCGCCAGCGGUACUUCGUCGAGGCGGGAGCCGCUCUCUCCACACGAGCUGUGCGAGUGGUUUGCCCGCCGCUGGAGACGUGCUAGUGAGACUUGGGGUGCUGAUGGAGCUACUGGAGCUGGUCAUGCUGGAGCUGCUGGCGGUGCUGGUGCUACUUGAGGUGGAGCUGCUGGGGGUGUUGGCGCUGGUGUUUCUACAGGUGCUGGUGCGUCUGUGGGUGCUGCUGAGGCUGGUGGUGCUGACGGUUCUACUUGAGUUGGUGCUGCUGAAGCUGGAGCUGCUGGGGGUGCUGGCGCUGGCGAUGGUGCUGGCGCUGGUGCUUGUGAGGGUGCUGGAGUUGGCGCUGUUGGAGCUGGAGGUGCUGGUGGCGCUGGUGCUGCCGCUGGGGUCGCAGUCACAGUUACAGCCUGCCUCCCCGCUACCUACUCCUUCUCCCUACACUGCUCCUACUGGAGGUCUUGUUGAGCGUCUGAGCAUGGCACUGCGUCCUUCCACUGCUCCUCUGCGUGUCCCGUUGCCGUCUCCUCCAGAGUCCUCUCUUCCUUCUCUUGCUGACCCGGAUUCUGACUCCCUUCGAGCUGCUAGUCUUUCGGUCACGUGCCUUCUUGCUACUCUUGUCACUAACCCUUCCUUUGAGUCCACUGCUGCGUCUGCUCUAGUUGCUGAGCUUGUCGACUUCGCUGCUCGCUGUCGUCUAGACUACGCUGCCAGUCUCGUUGCUGAGUCUGAGUCUGUCUGUCCUCCGUCCGUCGGGGGUGAGUGUACUCUUAGCACGGACGUCCUUGAGGACAGGCAGGAGGAGUUCCAGUGCUUUGCGGCUGAUUUUCUCCAUCUCGUGUCCAUGCUGAUUGCCCCUGAGGGAGACCCGGAUGCACCAGACAUCCCGUUUCCUUGA